GAAUUUUCCAUAUUGACCGGGGGUACAGGAAUUGAAAAAACAGACACCGAUUUCGUUUAUAACCGGGGAGAUGACGUACAGAGAUCUGAUACUGCAAAUCUCACCAAACAACAAAGAGAGUUUGUCGAUCUGGUGCUGCGCAAGGAUCCAAAUUCUCUGUACGAGUCAAAGGCAUUCGUCACAAUGUAUGACUUUGGAGGAGAAGAAGUCUUCUACAAUACCCAUCACUCUCUCAUGACAAGUGAUAGUAUCUACCUGCUGGUGUUCGACGCUGCCAUGUGUCUCAACGAAAAGAAAGAACAAGGAGGUCUAGAAAGUAUAGUCAAGUGGUUACAGUCGGUAGCGACAUACGCAGUGGAUAUCGAGGAGAGCCAGAAAGGAACACCGCCAGUGUUGUUGAUUGGUUCCCAUAUGGAUCUUGUAGACGGGACGGAAGACCAAAAAAAAGAAAAACUAGACAAGGUCAUGGUCAAGCUCAGAUCUUAUCCUGGCCUAGAGGAAAUCAUGAAAAGGCACGUGAAAAAAGUCUUGUCCAUCGCUUGCCUAAACGACAGCAGCAAAAAUAAAGAUGUCUUCGCUGAGAUGUGGAAAAUGAUUGCAGAGAUUGCGCCACUGCAGUCACAAUGGAAGAAACGAAUUCCAGGCAAAUGGAUUGCCCUUGAGUUUGAAUUACUGCAAAAGAAGGAGUCGGGCGAGAAAGUCAUGACGAUUGAAGAGCUGGAGGAAUUGAACAACGCAUUGAAGCUACCACUAGAUGGCAUCAGAAGUUUGAAGUUAUUUUUGAGGUAUCUCCAUCUGACCGGAUUCAUGCUUUGCUUUGAUCUAGAAAGUGACAAUCCCAUCAUUGUUCUGAACCCUCAGUGGGUGAUUGACGCCUUCAAAUGCCUGAUAACUACGAUCAAAUUUGUUAGCGGACUUACCGAUACCGAGACAAAACUUUGGGAAGAUUAUGUUGAAACAGGUCGACUGCCAGUGGAGGUUUUGAAGAUACUGUGGGGAAAACACCCUGACAACAAAUUCCUGGAUCAUUUUCCUGUUCUAGUCGCAGCAAUGGAGAGACUGGGACUUCUGGUGAAGCCGCUGCCGAGUGACAAGGAUGACAAGGUGAAUUACUACCUUGUCCCAAGCAUGUUGAAGAAGGCUGGAGAUAUGGAAAUAGACAUGAUGACACACAUUUUGUUCGGACCUACAGCAGUCAAAUCUUGCACACUUUGUGUUAAGUUUCAAAACCGGUUUAUUCCUCAAGCCAUAUACGAUAAAUUCAUCGCAGCUUGCAUCCACAGAUUCCAGCCUUUUGCAGUUCCUGGAAAACCACGUUUUGGUCACUGUCAUAGAGGUCUCGUCGUCUUAGCCAUUGAUUUAGUUUGGAAUGUACUGAUACACUGCAGUGGCAAUGUGAUGAAGCUCACGCUAUUCAAGUUGCAGAGUGAUAGUGCAGUUAGCCCGGGAACAGGUUAUGCCAUCCGGCUCGUGUUAGCUGAUGUCCUCCAACAAAUACUGACCAUGAACCAACAGGGACACUUGAAGUUUGACUACUACCUACAUUGUCAUCCGAUAGUUAGGCCGACUGACGAGGCAGUAGAGGCGAAACGACUUCUUCAGACUUCACCACUGCCUUGUGUACAUAAGGAUGCCGGUGCCCAGAAGACGGAGCCCACAUUUGUUUAUAUAGACAAGCGACACUAUGAUGUCUGGUUUCAGUCCCCUGCAGAGGUAAGUUUCCGGAACAGGAAUCCUGUCCGAGAUAUACAAGGUGUCAAUUUACAAAGAUGUCCGACAUACAGGGAACAAGGCCGUAUCGCGAAGUCCCUCACUGAUAUUUAUCACAUGGUAUUCACACAACUUGGACUUAAGGAUAAAGACAUCAUACGGAUCCGACAAACCUAUGGCCAUCUGUCCCUCCGGUCACAGAUCACUAACCUCUUCCUCUUCUGGAGUAAUCCCCGUCUGGAUGCUAGUUUACAGCAGAUUAUUACGGCAAUGGAAAAGCACGGACAGGAUACAACUGAUGUGAUGACGGAACUUAAACACAUCGAUGACGAGGAUGAUGCUCUCAUACAAGGAUCAAGGAUUCCCGAGAGUCAUUUACGAAGAAUACCAGAGGCAAAGGAAAUCGAAACCAUCGCAGUAAAUGCGGAUGCAUCAUAUUUUGACUUAUUUGUAGAACUUGGAUUGAAGCCAAGUACAAUUAACCAGCAGGAAAUACGUCACAAGAAUCAUUUCUGCGUGAAAACCUUAUCUUUCGAUCUGCUGAAUACCUGGAUAAAUGAAUUCGGAGACAACGCAACACUAUACAAAGUAUUGGCAGCAAUGAAAGAGUGUAAUAUGAGUAUACGCCCAUGUGAUACAGGAACUGUCUGAAGGACAACCUUCAGAAGAAAACACGCACUUGUGAUAGCUUUUCUGUAUGACUAUAUACCCAGGCGGGACUUUUAUAUAUCACAUCUUCAAGUUUCGAUUUUAUGAAGACUCAUAUUCCGUCGAUGGUUUAUCUGCGAUACUAUCGCAAAAUGAUUCUGAUCUAUACCAGUUAUACUGUUCACUAAUUAUAGCUGAUCUCAACCAUGAUGCGUAGUCACGUUGUGGGUGCAAACGCAACCACACGGAAUGGUCGAGAUCAGCCACCAUAGUUAAAACUGAUGUUAGUUUACUGUUUAAGUUAUGCCUGAUGGUGACUAAAUUUUGGCAGUUAAUGGGAUAUGAAACUCUCAUCAAAUGCUAUCUCGAGUGAAAAAUAUUUCCAAUCGAACGUUAGACCUACGUUUCAGAGCAACGUGUUAUUCUCUCUGUGAGCGCUGAUAGAUAUCAUAUAUAGACAGGAGAUAUGUUGCACUGCUGGACUUUGACACGAGGAAAAUGACAGAUAAAAUAUAUAUGGGACAAAGCUCCCUUUUGUAUGAUAAUUUUAUUAUUAUUAUUAUUUCGAUUCCAUGUUAAGGUCAUGUUUUUUCUUUAUUUUGCCAUGGUCCAAUCUUUUUCAUAAUCUAUCAUGACAAGAAAUUGUAUAUGCUUUCUAUGUUUUGGACGCGUAAAAAUGCAUCCGAAAGAAAAGUUUCUCAACCAAAGUAGGGUGCUCUCUGUAACCCCUUACAGAGCAUUUUCGCAUAGUUUUAUUCUUAUUUUGAAAUAAGCGCUUUCAAAAAAAUAAAUGCAUGCAGAUAUCUAAACCCAUUGAUUUUUAAUGAUAAUAAUGUUAUUGUUUGUAGUGAUUUUAUUCCUGUCUUAUAACCUGAGUUUUAUAAAAGCUUUAAUAACCCUGAGGCUAGAAACAAGGUUUGAUAACUUUAAGUUGAUACUUUUCAGAUACCAUCACGCGGAAACUUACACAUAGAUGAAAAGUAAUCCCAUUUGAAGCACUCGUCUUAAUUUGCUUUAUUUCAGAAAUCUACUUUCUAGUGCCAGUUUUCAAGUGAAGACUCUGGUGUUCGAUUAACCAUAUAUUCCCUAUGACAUAAAUUAAUUUCAAAGAGGAAUGAGUUUAUGGAGAAUAGUUGUUACACGAUAUAGCGUACUGAAAUAAUAUUAAUAAUUGUAUAAAUGUUACAGGGGAUUGUUUAAAUAGCAUCACACAUGUCUUGUUGUCUUGAGUCGUUUCUAUUGCCCCGAGUGUCACGUAGAUGUAGCGAUAUUAUGGUCGGGUCUUGGCGUAAUGACAAUAAUUGUCACAGGAGCCAAUCUUCACAUACUGGUUUGUUAGAGUUGUAAAAUCUAGACAAAUUCCUUACAACAAACAAGGCAAGAUGUCAACAAAAACCACGAGGCCGUGCAAUUUCGUUGUUAACAUAAGUGUCCUCUCUAUUACAUACCUAUCCGAUUUUCCCUCUAAAAUUUGACACUUACCACGCAGAAAAAAAAUAACCUAUGUAAAGGAUAUGCGUUGAAAUCGGCAUUGUCGUGUGUAUACAUGUACCUGAGUAUAAGAGAAAUCUCAACAUUUGGAACAUCCCUGGUAUCUUUUACUCAUAGAUGAGCUAAUACCGUAUCAUAUGUAUUUGUCAGUUGAAGGUUUUAGCAGUUAAUUAUUUGGUUUCUGAACAACCAUGUCAAGAGUCGAGUCAAGGGGAAAUAUCUAUCCAUCGUUUCGCGACAAACACUGAUCAUAUCUGUAUAAAGCACAUUUUCAUGCGAAUUUACACUCUUGGUCACCCGCCAAUGCAUAUUAAACCAUCAAUUUAAAGUCGGCUCUUUGGGUUCUGGGAUAUCACCGAUGCACAAUUAAUUCAAUUUUCAUUCUGCUGAAAAUAAAUUACUUAGGAUUUCCCCUGAAAACUGGGAUUCAUUUGUACGCAUGAAUAUCGUAGAUCGAGUGAUUUAAAUAACUACAGGUGUACAAUAACCUACAUAUUUGUUUAUUAAUCACCGCAUGUGUACAAUAACCUACAUAUUUGUUUAUUAAUUACUACAGGUGAUCAAUUACCUACAUAUUUGUUUAAUAAUCACUACAUCUGUACAAUAACCUACGUUUUUAGGUCACCUGACACAAAGUCUCAAGUGACCUAUUCUUAUCCCCUUUUGUCCGCCGUCGUGCGUCGUGCGUCG